AUGCAUCGGAAUAUACGGCGAAGAGUUUCAACUUCUCGAAUGCGUUAUGUGCAUGAUUACUGGAUGCCUUUUGGCAAUGAAGUACGAUGGGAUAGCGUCAAUGUAUGUAGUCGAAUCACCGAUUUCUUUUAUUGCAAACGGAGAUAUGUUUCUGAUCAAGCAUGGAAUGUGGAAGCAAUGCAAAUCGGAGGAACGAUUAACAUGGAAACAGCUCUAGGGAUGUUCCGAGUGCUUCCACGAGAAUUACUUCAUAGUCUUUUCGAUCGAAUAUCUGUUAAACAGUUGCUGUCUAUUACUUUGACAUCGAGCAUAUUUAACAGCGAAGUUCAGCGCUAUUUGUUGUUAGAAAAUGCACGUCGAAAAUUUUUGGCUGAAACUACUGCAUACAUGGAGGAAAAUAUUAUUGAUUUCGACCCGUUUUAUUCAUGGGGUAUGCUGUUGAAGGCGAGCACAAUUGUUAUGGAUUCUCGGAAGCGCUGUUCAUUCUUAGCUUCUUUCUUUUCUAAGAAUGAAAUGAUUACAAAUUGGCCUGGAUGGGGUCGUUGCUUCAUGGCGGUAUGUUUAGAACAGUCUCGAGAAAGGAAUAAAUUCUGCGAAAAAUGGGAUUUUCACGAAUGUGAAACGCUAAUGCAUGCGAUUCUUCAUUUUACUGACUUGAAUCAACUGCUGUAUGAAAUUUUGCCUGAGGAAGUUGGGAAAUAUCCGUCGUUGGAGAUGGAGAUUCGGCUACGUCUUCGAGGUUUGUUUAUGAGUCAUUCAACAAAAGAUGAAAGGGAUUAUGGAUUCUGGAUUUCUGCUAUUUUACGCACACAGGAAACGACGGAGCUUCAGGGGAAAUUGUUUAUGAUUAUGUUUGGACCGGUUAAAAUAACUGAAAGCAGGCGUGAGAUUAUUGAUUGGGAAGUAUUAUGUGAUGGAAGUGUUAAUCUGCAACAUAUAUAUAUGAGAUUAUUGGGUCCAAUAGCGCUUAGCUUUCAUCACCUGGAGAAUACUUCAAGUCUUGAGUGUUAUGCAUGGACUGAUGAUCAAAUUUUCACUCUAUUGGAACAAAUAUCAUCGGUUCCUAACGCGUGGGCAUUACACACUUCCGCUGCGUUGCUUGCUCUCCAUCCAAGGAUUAUGCACAUUGCUUUAUUAAAGCGAUUGUCAGAAGGACGAACGAAUGAAGCAGCAUAUCUUUUUCAUGCUAUUAAGGCUGUCUUACAUCGAUGGGGAAUUUUCGUCAGCGGGGCUAUAUCCGAUGCAAUGCUCAAGACAUUUCGAGCUUUACCGACGAUCCAUCGCCGAUUGUUCUUGGGCUCAUUGCUGCGGGCAGAAUCAUACCAGCUUAGCGGAUUACUUCUUAGCACACCGUUUAAUGCUGAGAGCUUCCAUGCUGAACUCUCUUCCGCACGCUCCAUAUCAACGCUGAUGGCACUACUUGCAAAGAAUGUAUGA